CAUACAUUCCAUAGCUGAGCUAAAUGAUCAGUGUGCGUUUAGAGUGGUCGUGCCUCAAUGUGCUGCAGCAGGCAGGUCUUUAGGCGCUGAAAAACACCUGUUAGUGGACUAAUAAUUACAUACUCCAUAAUAUCACAUGCACACUCAUACCUAGAAGAACUAUAUAGGACAUCCCUAGUUAACAUGAUCAGUAUGUUGAUGGCUACUGGACAGCAGCUCUAAAAGCUUUUUUAAAGGCCUUUUGUAGCUUCAUAAAUCAUGUAGACGGUGUCAAAGGGGUUGUCACAUUUGGCAAUGGUCCGGGUUGUAUUCAUUAGGGCACACUGUAGCACCAUAAAACGUUGGAUACAAAACACACAGGUGACAAAUGCAUACAUUUCUAUCCAUCUCUGUGUGGCUGUGACCUAGCUGGAGUGUUUGGUGAGUCCGAAACCAUUACCUGUUCGGUUUGGGUGCUAUUGCAUCUUACAGGGACGUUGCUCAAGAGCCACUGUACGGAUGCAGGACCUGUGUGUGUGUAAACCCUCUGUUACAGGGCAGAUGUGUCUGAACAGUAGAACUAAUGAGGAAACGAGCACCUGAAGUGACUGAUGAGCAGACCAGCUGUCAGCGUGCCAACAGGGCUGUCUAACACCAGCUAGCAGGCAGGGUUCUGGGCCUUCCUCCUACAAAAUGGGUUCUGAGUCUCCUUCUUACAAAAUGGGUUCUGGGAAGUGCUUAUGUGGCGCCUUUACCCUCCUUUCCCCCUUCAUUAUUUCCCCUCUAUUUCCUUGUCUCCCUCUCUGUUUUCGCUCUCUCUUUCUCUCUCUCUCUUUCUCUCUCUUUCUCUGUAAUUAUGGAGUCUCUGAUUGGUCGGGUGGUUGAGCUGGCAGCAGCCAAUAGCAGCUCUGGUAGCAGUGCCCCUCGAUCUCCUGGAAAGGUUUGUGUGUGUUAAUUAUUAGAGGUCUGUUUAAAACCAGACCUAACCAUUUUAGGGGGCACAGUCUGUCAGUAGAGCCAGAUGGACAGGGUGCACCAGGAGCCUCACAUACACACUUAAACAUCCAGCCUCUGAACCGGCCAGUGCGCUUCGUCUGAUACAGCCUCUCCUCAAGAUCCAACAGAGACUCCACUACACACAACUACAGGUAAGACAACAUCAAGGUUUGGUUUAAGUCCAGUUUAAGGUCAGGUUUGAGUGCUCUGAAACACCUGUAGCCUGUGUAGGAGAAUCAACCAGCAGAGCAGCCUAAACCCCCUGAUGAGACUCAGACAGAAGACCCUCUGAGGAAGCAGUUUAGACAGGUGGAAGCAGACCCACUGGUGGAUGUAGACUGGAAACAUUGUUAUAAUUUCUUCUUAUGGGAAGCAAGACAACUAGAAGUGCUUUAGCAGGACGAGGGUACUAACUCUCUUCCACAGCAUUCACUAGUCUUGGUUUGGAAUGGCAUGGGUAUAGGAACCACUUUAUUUGACAGUAAACUGUUUCCACUGGUAUUUACCUGAAAUUGUCCGUAGGAGAGGAGGCCAUGGCUGGAAGGAGCAGAACGUGGUUCUCUGGUGUGUUCACUGCUGCUCUGCUGGCCACCAUACUGCUGCCUGAAUUCCUGUCGGCAUGGCCGGUGUUUCAGAAGCUCAAUGGACAUGUAGGGGAUGCCACUGAAGAGACAGCGGUUGCCAUGGCAUCGGCAAGGAGGCUUGUCCGUAACCGUAGAAACAUCAGCUGGUACAAGCAACACUCAGACUUCUGGAGCUGGUACAAAUACUUCACGGACAAUGGAAACACGGAGGCAGUUCAGGAGCUGGACAGGGUCUACCUGGCCUACCUCCAGAAUAAGAACCGUGCUGAGGGACGUCGCUCUUAUAAGGCCUACCUGGGCCACCUAGGGGACAUCUACAAGGCCUGCGCCGACUCAGAGGACCCAAACUGCGUGGCCUCGGCUACUAGCCGGCAAAAACCUGAAACCCCCAAGGCCCCUCCUAAGCCCGCCCCUGUCAAGGCCUGUGACCCCUACAGAGACCCAUAUUGUCUGUAUGCUGCCAAGAGCCAGCCCCCACCUGGCCCGGUCAAGGCCCCAGCCCCCAAUUAUGUGCGCUCCCCUGUGGCUGUUAAAGAACAUUCUGGGUACUACUACUCCCCCGCUGUGCAGCCCUUCCUGUCCAAGGAGCAGAAGGCGGAGCUGCUGCGUAUCUGUUCAGCGGAGGACGUGGACUGUCUCCAGUACCACCUGAGAGCUGCUUUCGGCCACAAUCCCUCCGCUGGGCCCCUGCCCUCCUACGCCCACCUGGGCUGUGACCCGAAAGACCCCACCUGUAAACCCCAGCUGGUCCAAAAAGCUCCUUCCGGCCUCUUCCGCCGUUACCCCAACUGUGACCCCAGAGACCCUCGCUGCGCCUACGCUGCAUCCCUACAGGCACCCCGUGCCCCUGCUCCCCCCGCCCCGGCGGGUCCUGGUUCCUGCAACCCUCUGUUUGAGGACGGUUGUAACCCUCUCACCGCAACCAAGUACGCCACGGCACCAGAGGAGUUCAAGGAAGAACACAAAGAUGAACCCGCCGCAAUGCGUGCUGCGCCCCCAGGUCCCGAGCAACGCAGCGACCCAUUCGCUAUGUACAGCGAUGCUUAUGCUAACGCUAAUGGUAACCGCCAAGGCAGUGCUCCCAGCGCUCAAGCUAGUGACCCAUAUGCCAUGUACCGCCAACGCAGUGCUCCCAGCGCUCAAGCUAGCGACCCAUAUGCCAUGUACCGCCAAGGCAGUGCUCACAGCGCUCAAGCUAGCGACCCAUAUGCCAUGUACCGCCAAGGCAGUGCUCCCAGCGCUCAAGCUAGCGACCCAUACGCCAUGUACCGCCAAGGCAGUGCUCCCAGCGCUCAAGCUAGUGACCCAUAUGCCAUGUACCGCCAAGGCAGUGCUCCCAGCGCUCAAGCUAGUGACCCAUAUGCCAUGUACCGCCAAGGCAGUGCUCCCAGCGCUCAAGCUAGUGACCCAUAUGCCAUGUACCGCCAAGCCAGUGCUCCCAGCGCUCUAGCUAGUGACCCAUACGCCAUGUACCGCCAAGCUAUCACUAAUGCUCAAGCUAACGACCCAUACACCAUGUACAGGCAGGCUAAUGCUAACGAUCCCUUAGUAAUGUACCGUGAAGCUGCGGCCUCCAUGCACAGACAUGUCCCCCCCUCCCCGCCGCAGCAGGACCCCGCCCCCCCUCCCCGCUAUGAGGAGGCCACACAGGAGGAUCGCCACCCGCUGGGCCCCCGGGGAAAGACCAAGGAGGGCUAUGAAUGCUUCAUCGGCUACGACCAGGAGUGCUACCCAAUAGCCCGUGCAGAGCCGCGUUCUGGCGCCCACCGUAACACCGCCUACCCCGCCGAGCCCUACGAGCCGCAUCUCAAUGCCGAUGGAUCACGGAACGGAGUUCUGGAGCCUUCUGACCCCGACUGUGACCCGGAGUACGACACCAACUGCCGCCUGCGUCGCUAUGAACCCCAGGAGGAUCUGCUGCCAGACGCCAACGCCCAAGCUGUACACCAGGGGGACCCACAGCACAGCCGGGACCAUAGCAACAACCAGGGGGAGCCAGAGAGAGAAAGCGAGGCAGAUUCAGAGCCAUACCAGAGUGGCCAGGAGGAGACAUACGGGGCUUACCCCCCUCCCUCGCAGGGGCUGUCAUACGGGUCCUACCCCUCACCCCAGCAGGGUAUGCCCAGCUUCCAGGACAUGCUGAGAGGAUACGGAGACCAGUACCCUGAACAGGAUAACCACAGAGCAUACGCUGCUGACUACCGCCAAAAAUAAAUACACACAUAUACACAUACAUGCAUGCAUACACACUCACACUCACACACACACGUGUAUGUGACAAAUAAAAUUUGAUUUGAUUACAUACAUAGACACACACUGCAUAUGCCAUAAAGACUACAACAACAAAACUAACCAACACACCAGCCAAAAACAGGAGCAGAUGACGUGGAACUCUAUAUUUAAUACAAAACAAUAAAAGACUGAAUGAAGUCUGACACACACACACACACGUCACGUAUGGACGAACAGGCACACACACACACAUAGUAAUGUGCUGUUAGCAGUAGAAGCAGGAGGAGUUUCUCUCCACUAGCUAUUUUAUCUGUCAGUUUGAUAGCUUUUAUUCAUUGAUUAAUUGACAGUAGUUGACGAUUGAUUGCCUCAUUCUCACUGGAAUAUUUAAUACAUUCUUGCAGCUCUGCUUCAAUUCUGUAGCUACAAACUUCACAUUAUUUUUGUGUUUGUUUUGUUUAUGAUGUAUUUUGUAAAGUUUUUUUACACUUUGAAUGUUUUAAAUAAAAGCUUUGAAAAACAUGUAUUUUA